GAGGUCACUUUUUCAAAGUUGUGUGGUAGUUUGCGGCUUUCCCUGGCCUGAGUAAAUUUGUAACGGAAUCAAGAUGUCCCUGACACUAAAGAUAGACGUACGCCCGCCCCGCAGCAAGCUGGUGAUUGAGAAGUCAAGCUUUGAUGACGAUAAAUCCAGACAUCGCAAGAAUGUGGAGGAGCAUCACUUCAAUCAUAUGGUGGAGCUGUUCAUUCCUGGCUGUGCAGAGCUGCCACCUAGCGUCCAGGCAGAGUUUGACAGGUGUGAUGAUUACUACCUCAUCAAGAACGUCCCACUUACAGAGUUGAUCAACAAAGAUUUCAUCGAAAACUUUGUCAAGAAAGGUUCCUUGUACAUGCUGUCCCACAACACACAUAUUGAUAAGCACAAUGCUUAUGCAGUACUACCCACAGGUCAGUUGAUCCUGUCAGUACACAAGGACACGUAUGAGGAGCUGGGCCUUGUGGGACAGCCAUCACAGUUUAAUAGGAAGGUCAAGAGAAAGUUUGUUGUGGAGGUUGAUCUCACACAAGACAUCUUUGUUCCUGGGAAAAAGAAUUAUGAGCGUGUGAAACAGGGGUUCCAGAGGACAAAGCUAAAAGCAGACUUUCUGCUUUCAUGGAAACCAGAAGGUACCAGACAGUUGGCUGGCUCCAUACUGUCCCAUUUUCAAGGCAGCUACGAGUGUGAGAGACACAGCCAGGCUCAGCAGACCAGCAGGCACACAGACCUCCUGCUGCCUGUGGUUCACAGCACUGAGCUGGAGGAGGGUGAGGACGGACAGUGGUGCAGUGCGAGGGAGUGGUACGAAUGGCUGGGAGCUGUAUCAUGUGGGAUCUCUUGCAAUGAAGCACCUGAGCACUACAUCUCCAGAUACAGCUGUCCUGAUCCUAAUGAACUGACAGCAGCUGCAGUGAGACAUUCCACGACAGGGUUCAUAGCACCUGGGAAUGUGUGCACCCUUCAGGAGGCAGUCAGAUCCUACAUGAGAGAUAACAAGUCCACCUGUCCCUGGGCAGCCCUGACCGCCCAUGGGUUUGUGGACAGCCCUGUCUCCUGGGCCAGAAGGGAGCAUGGGUUCCACCAUGGAGGGGAAAACCUCUACACUUUCCUCAUCUUCAGAGACAGCAACUACUGGCUGUUCCAGGCUGUGGGGACCAAUGACAUCUGUCCUUGACAAAUAAAAUUAUACACGAGAA